AUGGCAGGAGAAGCUGAUAGGGCUGCUUGGAACUCCGCUUAUGAGAAAUGUCUUGUUGAAAUAUUACUUGACUACAAAGAUAACCCCAAAUAUAAAGGUCAAAAUGGUUGGGUAUUGGAGGGCUGGAGGGUUAUCACCAGCAAGUUCAAUGAGAAGUUUCUCGUAGCUCAUUUCUCAAAGAAGCAGGUGCAGGAGGAGAAGGACCUCAAAGCUAAUUACAAGGCACUAAGAGAUGCUAAAAGAGACAAUGGUAAUGGUUGGAAUGAAUCUUUAUGUAUGAUACUAACGGAACCACAAGUAUGGGAGAAGCUAAUUGCGAAUCACCCAAGAGUAGCAAAGUUUCGCAAAAAGCCAUUUCCCCUCUUUUACCAAUUGGAAGCAUUAUAUGAAGGAAGUGUUGCUAUAGGAAAUCUAAACUUCACAUCAACCAUGCAAGUGGAUCCACCUUCUGCUCAUGCACCUCCUCCUCUUGUUGCUCCUGCUGUUCCUCCUCUUGCACCUCCUGUUGAAAGAAGUAACUCUGAACAAAGGAGCAGUCACUUGGGUGCGAAUCCAUUUGCUUUGAGUUUUGAUGGCCAAGAGACUUCUAGUGCACAAAAUGAACGCAAUGAAGCUCAAGAUUCAAGACGGGAAGAAGGUGGAAGUGGGAGAAAGCGUAAGCAAAGUCACAUUGGCUCUGCUCUUGAGGGAUACGUGGAGUAUAAAAAGAGCCAAACCAACAAAACUUUACAAGCUCUUGAAGGAAGGAAAAGGCGUAAGGAAGAAUUUUCAGUUGAGAAGUGUGUUGACCAAGUGGAUGCUAUGGUUGAAUUAACCGAUGAGGAGAAGUCAUAUGCUUUGGAUGUCUUUGAGUCUGAGACACAUAGGAAGAUAUUCAUUACAAUCAAGAAUUCUAAUGUUCGAUUAAUGUGGCUAAAGCGAAAAAUCAGAGCCCUGAUGGGAAGCACUACAUGA